UAAUCCUUGGGACUUCCCUGGCAGUCCAGUGGUUAAGACUCUGCACUUCUACUGCAGGGGGCAAGGAUUCCAUCCUUCAUUAGGGAACUACAAUUAAUUAAUUAAUCAGUUAAUAAAUUAGUUAAAAUUAAAAGCUUAUCCCCAGCUUUAAUUCAAGAAACCAUGAAUGAAAUGAAAGGCAACCAAUCAGAGUGGUAGAUAAUAUUUGGAAACCAUGCAUCAAAGAGUUAAUAAACCAUAAGGAACUCACACAACUCAACAGCAAAGUAAAACAAAACAAAACAAAAACCAAUAAAUUGAUUUUUUAAAAACAGGAAUUCUUGUGAAGAGUCAACUUCUAUCCAAUAGAAAAAUUCAUUUAAGUCAAAAUGACAGAAAAAAAAGGCACUUGAACCAAUUCAACAAGAAAAGCUUCGGCUCUCCCAAAGGUUUCUGAGCUCCUCUUCCAUUCUCAUCACUUAUUUCUUUGCUUUGUAGGCAGCAAAGGGUAGCAAUGAAAAACCAAACUUAUAUAACAGAAUUCAUUCUGCUGGGACUAACAGACAUCCCAGAGCUUCAAUCUGUAAUCUUCACACUUCUCUUCCUCACCUAUGUAUUCAGCAUUAUUGGAAAUCUGAUGAUCAUCACCCUCACACUACUGGACUCCCACCUCCACAUGCCCAUGUAUUUCUUCCUCUGGAACUUCUCCUUCUUAGAAAUUUCCUUUACAAGCACUUUUACUCCUAGGCUACUGUUCAGCAUAUCAACUGGAAACAAGAGCAUCAGCUUUGCUGGCUGCUUCACUCAGUAUUUCUUUGCCAUAUUCCUGGGGGUCACAGAGUUUUACCUUCUGGCUGCCAUGUCCUAUGACUGCUAUGUGGCCAUAUGCAAACCCCUACAUUACAUGACCAUCAUGAACAGCAGAGUCUGCAUCCAGCUGAUCCUCUGCUCCUGGCUAGGUGGAUUUCUCAUCAUUUUAUCCCAAAUCAUCCUGACCAGUCAACUGGACUUCUGUGCCUCCAACAUGCUGAAUCAUUAUUAUUGUGACUACGGACCCCUCAUAGAAAUAUCUUGCUCAGACACAAGACUCCUGGAGCUGGUUAACUUCAUCUUAGCAGUUGUGACGUUGGUGCUCACCCUGAUGCUGGUGAUUCUCUCCUACACAAACAUCAUCCAGACUGUUCUGAAGAUCCCCUCUGCUCAGCAAAGGAAGAAAGCCUUUUCCACAUGCUCAUCCCACAUGAUUGUCAUCUCCCUCUCUUAUGGCAGCUGCAUCUUCAUGUACAAAAAACCCUCAGCAAAAGAAGGAGUUGCCUUCAAUAAGGGAGUGGCUGUGCUCAAUACCGCAAUCUCCCCUUUAUUGAACCCAUUCAUUUAUACUCUGAAGAAUGAACAAGUAAAACAAGCCUUCAAAAAUGUGGCCAGAAAGAUUGUGAGUCUUUAG